AUGUCCGUUCCAGAAACAAAAGAGCUGAAGGCUGAGUGGAAGGCAGAUGUCGAGCUGCCAGAGUAUACAUUGAAAGAUGUGGCAGCACACAACACCAAAGGUGAUACCUGGAUGGUCAUCCAUGGACAAGUAUUUGAACUCACAAAAUAUCUGCAAGAUCACCCAGGUGGUGCAGAUGCUCUCAUCGAGGUAGCCGGCACUGAUGCCACAGCAGCCUAUGAGGAUGUUGGCCAUUCUGAAGACGCCCGCGAGAUCAUGCAGCCAUUCCUGGUGGGCACUUUGAAGGAUGCGCAGCAGUACGUCCGGCCCAAGGCAGUGCGUGUUGUCUCCCAAAAAGCACCUGCAGAGGCCAGUCCCUCCUCAUCAUCGGCUAUCAAAACGAUCGCUUGUGCUCUGGGUGGACUGAUCCCUGUCUGCUACAUCUUCACCCAAAACAACAACCUCACAAACAGCCUGGGAGCCAUCUCCCAACUGAUCCCUCACCAACUGAAGAACCUACGACUACCCCAUGGAGGCUUCGUCAACGGGUUUUUAGCCGCUUCUGCUAUCUCCACAGUGGUGGGAGUAAUGGUAGCGCGCCAGGCCAGCAGAUUCACCAAGAUCGACUCUGGAUUCAUGCGCUUCCCACCUCAUAUGAAGUCCAAGAAGGUGGUUCGCGUCGAUCCGCAUCUGACACGCGGGUUCCUCGAACCGCAACAAUAUCAACGCCUGCCACUCGUUGAAAAGACCGAACUUGCAACGAAUGUCUACCGUUUUGUCUUUGCCCUGCCAACCGCCACGGGUGUAUUAGGUCUACCCAUUGGCCAACACGUCGCCAUCAGAGCCGUUGUCGAUGGAACGACCGUCACUCGCUCAUACACCCCUACCUCCAACAACAUCGACCGGGGCCGUAUUGAACUCGUCAUCAAAUGCUAUCCCGACGGUCUAUUGAGCGGGAAAUAUCUGGCCGGCUUGACCGUGGGCGAUGAAGUCGAAUUCCGCGGUCCCAAAGGCUCGAUGCGCUACACAAAGGGUCUUUGUCGCAAGAUCGGUAUGGUGGCCGGCGGCACCGGUAUCACACCCAUGUACCAGCUUAUCCGGGCAAUCUGCGAGAAUGACACCGACACGACAGAAGUCAGUCUGAUCUACGCGAACCGCAGUGAGUCCGACAUUCUCUUGCGCGAGGAGCUUGAACGCUUUGCGCGUCAGUACCCGAAGAACUUCAAGCUGUGGUAUAUGCUGGAUUCUGCGCCCGAGGGCUGGACCUAUGGAUCGGGAUACGUGGACCAGGCUGUUCUGGCAGAGCAGCUCCCUGCGCCAUCGCCAGACACUAAGGUCAUGCUAUGUGGGCCGCCCGGGAUGGUUAAUGCCACUAAGAAGAAUUUGGUUGCGUUAGGGUUUUCCAAGCCAGGGGUGGUCGGGAAAAUGACUGAUCAAAUAUUUUGUUUCUAG